AUGUCUUCUGGACCUAUCAGGAACGUCCCAAGAUGCAGACGUGCUCAGACGCCUUUCUAUCCCUUGAUAGAAUUCCGGCCUGGUCCUUUGACUUCCAGACUUCAAGUUAUUCCAGCACAUGUGCAUGAUGUUAUCGAGAUCAUAAGCGACGACGAAGAUGCAGGUCAGCCUGAGGCAGCAUCAGUUAUUGACCUCACCAUAACUGAUGACAAAGUCGCUAGUCAGGCGUCAGUCGAUGUACAUCGCGAGCCGACAUUUGCGGUCGGCACUGAAGAUAUAGCCGAUAUCCUCUCUGAUGACGAAGCCGCUCAGCAAGCCGGUAAUGUCAUGCCCAUACGUAACACUUCUUUAUCUGAUGCACUGGCAGCAGCCACAGCCGAGCUAGAAACCCUACGCACUGCAAUCCAGAAGAUUUGCACAGCAUGUCUCAAACGGUGGUUUCAGUCUUGCUGGACUAGAUGGGUAGCAUAUAGACUACCUCCUGUUAGACUUACUUCCCGAGAUAUCUUGACGCUGCCACUAUCAUUGGCUGUCAUAUCGGCUGUGAAGAGACGUUUCGGACGUGUCCCGCUCACCUGUCCAACUUGUUGGGAUCUCAUUGGCAAGCAUCAACCGUACAAAGUCAUUGCACUCAGUCAGCUUUCAGUUACCCUAUCAUCACUGGGGGGCGAACAAGGUGAAGAGGAUCCAUCUACAGAUUGGACAGGGGUCAUUCCAGAGUCGAGAAUUCUGAAAAGCCUACUAGAACACAUGGUUGCGAAGUCCGUCACCAAGGACACAACUGCGGAGCGGACGAAUAUUCAAGAAUCAUGA